AUGGAUAAUAUGAAUUUUCCAGUUGGAAACUCAGCAAGCAGUCGACCAAAUUCCUGGAUGGGCCUCGGUGUUCAAGUUGACAAAAUGAGCGACAUUUUAUCGUCUUCGUCCGGCAAUGGCAAUGUGGGUAUCAUCAACCACAACACGAGAUCUACCGUGUCACCACCGCUUUACACGUGGAGCACGAACUUGGAUGAAGAGUUGUCAACCUUGACUCGCGGUUUGAGCCUGACGGAUCCAUGCGACGAAGCUGGGACCAAAGAACUCAUGGGACGAGGGUUCGACCGAAGCGAAGUGAACGAUUUCAGCGCGAACGGCAUCGAGACGGACCUAACGGCAUACGAUGAGUAUCAGUACAGAUUGCGCAGAAAUUACACUCUUGUGCAGGGUAAUUCAGCGGUGAACGAUGAUCAGAGAGUCAACAAGGGUAAUGCCAACAACCUAAAAAUGUAUAGGAGCACCGUGUGCGUUUUCUGCAAAAACAAUGGCGAGAAUCUCUCAGUGUACGGAACCCACACUCUUAAGGACCAGCUAGGCCUCGUGUCGUGCCCGAUACUCCAGCGUUAUACCUGCCCUGUGUGCGGAGCAUCUGGCCCAAGAGCACAUACCCUGAAGUACUGCCCUUACAACACCAACUACAGGCCAUCCAGUACCAGAAACGGCAAGAGUCGACCCAACGCGAGGAAACACCGCCAUUACUGA